UCCGACUUUACGCACAGGACGGGGCGGCCCCGGUGGCGCGUACUCGUCUGCUAACGGCUGAAAGUUACACUGAAGGUCCCACUUUAAUGCGUGACGCGCGAAAAAAAUACUUUUGGAAAAGCUAACGGGAAACUUAUACCAUCGUCUUUAAAUCCGGACGCCUUGCAGUUUUAUUUUGAGUAAGUGGGUGAUUCCCCAACUCGGCGCGCAACUGUACCCUAAUAAGUGUUGAAGGAAUCACUCGUCUGUGCUCUGCGUUAUUAUUGCUGCUUUGUGUGCAGAUGAUUCAGAGAAAUUGAUGAUUCAGAGAAAUUCAGUGAGUGACGUUAAACGAGAGCAGACGUGCACCGGCUAUGCAGCCCGGCCGUUUGAAGAGAGUCUGAAUCGUUUGAAUCAGACUUUACACUCGGAGCAUGGUCCGAUAAUUGGAAGACAGGGAGAGGGAGAGAGAGAAAGAGAGUUGAAGUAAGAAUUAACGAGCUAAAAGACAUUUGGGACACUUUGAGGUGUGUUUGGGGGAACAUCUGCCUCUCACGUCCAGGUGUCCCACCGAGCGGUGCGGAGUCUCCAGCUCAGGCCGGCAGCGCUGACAUGCUGCCUAAAGUCGAGACUGAAUCCCUGGGACUCUCACGAUCGUAUGGAGAACAAGGGCGCAUGCCAAGGAAUAUGCAAGCCCCCCAGUUAAAAAUGAUGGACUACUCCUAUGACGAAGACUUGGACGAGAUGUGUCCCGUGUGCGGAGACAAGGUUUCAGGGUAUCACUACGGACUACUGACCUGCGAGAGCUGCAAGGGCUUCUUCAAGCGUACCGUCCAGAACAACAAGCGCUACACAUGUAUAGAGAACCAGAGCUGCCAGAUUGACAAGACCCAGAGGAAGCGCUGCCCGUACUGCCGCUUCCAGAAGUGCCUCACCGUCGGCAUGAAGCUUGAAGCUGUGCGGGCGGACCGCAUGCGCGGCGGUCGCAACAAGUUUGGCCCGAUGUACAAACGUGACCGGGCCCUCAAGCAGCAAAAGAAGGCACUGAUCCGAGCAAACGGCCUGAAGAUCGAGGCCAUGAGUCAGGUGAUGCAAGCCGUCCCCACCGACCUCACCAUCUCCUCAGCCAUCCAGAACAUCCACUCGGCCGCAUCCAAAGGCCUUCCACUGAGCCACCACCCAGGCCACCACACUAAUCACCACCAUCACCACCACCAUCACGCCACCGCCCUGCCCCCCACAGACUAUGACCGCAGCCCAUUCGUCACUUCGCCGGUCAGCAUGGCAAUGCCACCACACGCUGGCAGCCUGCAAGGCUACCAGGCGGCCUACGGACACUUCCAGGGCACACGCACCAUUAAGUCAGAGUACCCAGACCCGUACACCAGCUCACCAGAGUCCAUCAUGGGCUAUGCCUACGUUGACGCCUACCAGACGGGCUCGCCACCCAGCUUCCCUCACCUGAUCGUAGAGCUGCUCAAGUGUGAGCCAGAUGAACCGCAGGUUCAGGCCAAGAUCAUGGCCUACCUGCAGCAGGAGCAGGCCAGCCGAGGCAAACACGAGAAGCUCAACACCUUCGGCCUCAUGUGCAAGAUGGCCGACCAGACACUCUUCUCCAUCGUGGAGUGGGCACGCAGCAGCAUCUUCUUCCGUGAACUUAAGGUGGAUGACCAGAUGAAGCUGCUGCAGAACUGCUGGAGUGAACUCCUCAUCCUCGACCACGUAUUCCGGCAGGUGAUGCAUGCCAAAGAGGGCUCCAUCCUAUUGGUCACUGGCCAACAGGUGGACUAUGGAGUGAUUGCUUCACAAGCAGGAGCCACCCUCAACAACCUGCUGAGCCACGCCCAGGAGCUGGUGGCCAAGCUACGCUCCCUGCAGCUGGACCAACGGGAGUUUGUCUGCCUCAAGUUCCUGGUUCUAUUCAGCCUGGAUGUGAAGAACCUGGAGAACUUCCACCUGGUAGAAAGCGUCCAGGAGCAGGUCAACGCAGCGCUGCUGGACUAUGUCAUGUGUAACUACCCGCAACAAACGGACAAGUUUGGCCAACUGCUGCUCCGGCUGCCAGAGAUCCGCGCCAUCAGCCUGCAGGCCGAAGAAUACCUUUACUACAAACACCUGAAUGGCGAUGUGCCCUGCAACAACCUGCUCAUUGAAAUGCUUCAUGCCAAGAGAGCUUAGGAGGGGACUGCGCUGCUCAUAACGCAGCUAUGCAGACAUCCUGAGAGUUUUGCUGCAGCCGAAAAAAACUCCAAAUAACCAAACCUCCAGUUCAGACUCGAAUGAUGACCAGGAGGAUGGAAAGCAGAGACAGUUAGCAACUCUUGUUUAGCCUAUAUUGAGCUCAUUUUUGAUCUUCAAUUUACAACUUGGAGUACAGAUUUGGACACAUCCACAAAGACAGAUAAUGUGCACACACAAAUAAGCAUAAGGAUCCCUUUAUCAUGAAAAAAAGUCUGAAUGAAGAUCCUCAACUACACAAAGACAAUAUUAAAAGAAAAAAGAAAAACACUUGAAACAAACUGCUUUGGCACGAGAUGGGAUCUACUUGUCUGCACAAAAACAGACUAUCUAACCGGCAGGCUGCAACUUAAAGAAUUAACCAUCCUCAAGUGUUUUAGCACUGGUGACAUUGUGAGAGGUUUUUGUGCUGAGAAAGGAAAUGGAGUAACACCGCCCAUCUUUCACAGCUUUGUGACGACUAAAGCUGUGGCUUAUUUUGGUCGACCAUCCUCUGGUGUGCUCUCUCACUGAAACCGGCUUUUAGCUGUCAUUGGUACUGUAAAGACAAAUGGACAAGCAGUCACCCGACCAGAGACUCUUACCUACUGUCAUGUGUUUUUUGAACUCACAAAAGACGCCUGCUAAGGCAGCUUGAUACUGACUGAGAAGGGAGAAUUGAUGUUUAAAAAAUAAACGUCUAAAAAAGGAACAUUCUUUAAUGAACAAAAUGAUAAAUAGGCCAAUAAGAAGAAAAAUAAUAUGUUUUUUUUUCCUCUUGCAAUGGAAGUCAUUUGCUCCUCAUGGUCACCUUGUGGUUCCCCUUUCUUAUUCCCCCUCCCCAAAUCAUCUUUAACUAUGUACCUCAGAAAGACCAGUGUUAAAUAAAUUCACUUACUUAUGUCACAUAAAACAAUUGUAUUUAUAGCCCUUUUUUCCUGCAAAAAAGUACCCGCCCUUUUUAUUAUCUCAUUACAACUGGAACAAAACAAAGUGUGAUUCUGGAGACGGAGAAGGAUUGACCCUGCCUUUGUCCGGAAAGACCAAAGCCUGCUGCAGAACAGAAGAAGGAAAUUACAAAAAAAAAAACCCUUAAUAAUCAGUAUUAAGAGGAAAAAAAAAAGAUUUGUGAUGUCACAGUUAUGUGAGUCUUGCCUUAUUUCAUUACCAUGCUAGCUAACCGUGCAGAUGUGAAUGAAAAUAUGUACAAAUAUAUAUAUAAAGUAUUAAUGUUGUAAAAAAUUUAAAAAAAGAAUAAUUCAACAGGUGUUUACAUUCAUGUGUUCAUAUGGGAGAGAACUGUGAUGAAGCAUAAAUUGCAAAGCAAUGAUUUCUUAAAAAAUGAAAUCAAUGAAAUGAAAAAAUAGAUCCCUCUGGUUUGCUUUCUUUGGUGUGUGUACAGCGUUUUUUUUGUUUGUUUUUUUAAUAGUACUUAAAUUAUGUCGUGAGACACUAAAAUCAAAAAGGAAUCACACAUAAAAUAUUAAUUUCUAUUUGUGUCUGCUGGCAUUCAAACAUUUGUUUCUUAAGCAUUGCUGUAAAAGGGUUCCGUUUCACUUCAACCUUUUUUGUAGUCUUUCUCCUUUUUUAUUUACGGUGCUUUUACCUUUUUGAUGUACAGUAUGUCACUGGUUACGCUUAACAAUGAAGAUAAUUUAUUGCGUCUCUGGGUUUCCAUCUUUGUGUUACAUGACGUGAGGUGCCUGCGCCAGAAUAAAUUUGUUUACUGUA